CUUGGUUUAUAUAACUGAAAUAUUUCCUGCUGCCUUCCUUCUGUAAUCGGAGGUGUAACGUAAAGAACAUAGGAGCUGAACUGUCUACGUAAUCACGCAGUAUUUCCGUUUACCUGAGGUGGAACUAUAGUAACAGUUGAGUAGCUAUGGCAACGUGCUGUCUCGUGGCUAAAUCUGCACUGUGGGGAGUAGCCUUGAUAAUUCUCUGUGGAAGCUUAAAUGUAACAGGGUUCGCGUGGCAGAGACCAGGGUGCUAUAAAGUUGGCCACACUCGUCAUAUCAGUAUUCCUGACUGCAUGGAGUUUGAUAUUACUACGAAUGCUUGUCGAGGCUACUGUGUAUCAUAUUCCAUACCCUCUACAGAGGAGACUUUGAGAAUAAACUCGAACCAGGCAGUGACUUCAAUUGGACAGUGUUGUAACAUUAUGGAAACAGAAGAUGUGAAAGUCAAAGUGAUGUGUUUGGAAGGUCCCAGAGACCUAGUCUUCAAGUCUGCUAGGACCUGCGAUUGUUUCCACUGUAAGAAAGACUAGGGGAUUAGCUGUGUUUGUGAAGAUCCAUGACUGACGGAAAACAGAGUAUUUUCAAACUACAUGUAUCUUAGUGUUCUUGUAAAAUAGUGACACCAAGACUUCUUAAACCUUUUACCUGAUCUAGUGUGCAUCAUGAAAAAAAUAUAUACAUAUUCUAAAUUAUUUAACAAUUAGAUUGUUUACUAAAGUUGGGCCGGUUCAAAAAGGAUUGAAUAAUUUAAUAUAACUAGAACGAGUUAACAUGACCUUGAAAGUUAUUAAUCAAAUACUUGUUCUGAAAAUUUUGAAGAAUUUACAUAUAUACAUAUAAUUUACAUACACAUAUAUAUCUCUGCUGUAUUAUAAGGUUUUUAAAUUAAUUCAUUUUACUGUUGCAUAACACCUUAUCUGUUUUACUUCAAAAUCAAUGCGAAAACAAAUAAAACACCCUUUUCAUCUAAUCCUGAAAGCCUGUGAAUACUCUGGUACCACUAAAUUAAAAAUUGAUGAGAUAACAGGGAUGUAAAUUAUCAUACGGAGACUGGAUUAAUGUUAAUUGUCUUUCCUUCAUUAAAAACAUAUAGCAACGUAUUACUGUUAGUAAUAAUAAAAGUUUAUUCUAUUUCACUAAUAUCAAUGUACGUAUAAGUGCGUCUGGAUAAAAACAAGAGAACUUGCGGCUUUAAUUAUGUAUGUCGUAGUUAAAUAUUACCACGAAUGUUUGAAAUUUGGAUAAAUAUACUCGUAUCAAA